GAAGAGGAGAAGACACGGCGGCGAACCACGCAUGCGCAGUUCAACCAGAGCCGUUAUGCUGGAGGCUGACAGCAGAUGGCGCCAACAGUGAAGCAGCUGUUUCCGGCCAGCUGCUCUUUGGCUUGCUCUGUUCUCAUAGAUAUCUAUGGGUGCGCUGUGGUUCUGUGAUUGUGCGCCACCUGUUGAGUCUUUCGGCAGGUGUAGACCAGAUUCUACUGCGCAUGUGCCGUGUGACCCCCGUGUCUCGUCCUCCUCCUCCUCUCCUCCUCCUCGGCUGGAGUUGUGAAGAUGGAGGAAGAGGAGCAGCUCCGCUCCUUCUCCUUCCUCAUGACCUACCUGCUGCUGAAGAGGAGGAGAGACCUGAACUCCUCGGAGCUCCAGAGGCGCCGUGAGGUCCAGAGGAGGAGCAGACACCGGCAGUACUUCUUCCAGAGGCAGAGGAGGAUGCUCCUGAUGAUGAUCGCUGGAGGAAUCCGCUCCAACGUGCGUAUCCGGACGCGCCCCUGGACGACCACGCAGAGCACCGAUUGGUGGGAGCGCGUGGUGAUGACGGAGUUCCAGCCGUCUGAUUGGCUGGAUAAGUUCCGUAUGAGCCGCCAGACGUUCUUCUACCUGUGUGAGGCGCUGCGUCCCCGUCUGGCUCGCCAGGACACCAGCUUCCGCCUGGCGCUGCCCGUGGAGAAGCGCGUGGCGGUGGCGCUGUGGCGCCUGGCGUCCAACAUCGAGUACCGCACCAUCAGCGGCCUGUUCGGCGUGGGGAAGUCCACCGUGUGCCGCUGCGUGCGGGACAUGUGUCACGCCAUCGUGGCGCUCCUCAGCUCCGUGUACCUGCGGCCGCCGGGCGAGGAGGAGCUGGAGGAGUCGGCCCGGCUCUUCCUCUCCACCUGGGGCUUCCCUCACUGCGUGGCUGCCAUAGCAACGCUCCACACCGCCAUCAUCACGCCGUCUAACAACGCCUCGGACUACGCCAACCCGGCUGGAUGGCUCUCCGUGCUGUCUCAGGUGGCUGUUAGUGGGCGGGGCCAGUUCUGGGACGUUUGUGCCAGUUUUCCAGGAGGAACGGAGCCGGCAGAGAUCUUCCACAACUCCUCACUGUGGGCCACAGCAGCAGAGGGGGGGCUGUCUCCUGGAGCAACUCCUCUCUUCAUGGGGAAACCACUCAGGUACGUGCUGCUGGGCGAGGCCUGCUACCCGCUGCAGAGCUGGCUGAUGAAGACGUAUCCUGAGGAGGAGGAAGGCUGCAGCAGCAGCAGGAGGAGGAGCAGCCAGGCAGCAGCUCUGACGGAGGAGCAGCUCCUCUUCAACCAGCGUCUCCGAGGAGCUCUGAGGGUCUCGGAGGAGGCCCUGCUGAGGCUCCGGGCCCGCUGGCAGUGUCUCAGCAAGAGGAACGACUGUGGGCUGGACGUGGUGCCCACCAUGAUCCUGGCCUGCUGCAUCCUGCACAACGUCUGCCACGCCCACGGAGACGCCUUCAGGGAGGAGUGGCAGGAGGAGGUGACGGAGGCCGAGAGUCCUCAGCCCCGACACAAACACACCUCCUCAUCCUCCAGCAGAGACCAGAGUCCUGCUGAGGAGGUCAGACUGCAAUUCUGUCAGUACUUCCAGGAGGAGAAUCAUUAAGAAGAAGUUUCCUUAUACAUAAAGACUAGACAUUUCCUCAUCCAAACCACAUACAGUCACCUGUGGGGUCCCCCAGGGCUCAGUCCUUGGCCCCCUCCUCUUCAUCCUCUAGCUCAGGGCUCUCAAACUCAAAUUACCUGGCUGGAGGCAGUAUCAAAAUGACCAAAAAAAGACACAAAAUUACUAAAAAAAGACACAAAAUGACAGAAAAAAAACUAAAUUACUUAAGGACACAAAAUGACCAAAAAAAGACACAAAAUGAUUUAAAAAAAAGACACAAAUUGACCCUAAAAAAUACAGAAAAUUACUAAAAAAGACACAAAAUGACCAAAAAGACACAAAAUUAUUUAAAAAAAGACACAAUUAUUUAAAAAAAGACACAAAAUUACCUAAAAAAGACACAAAAUUACUAGAAAAAGACACAAAAUUAUUAAAAAAAGACACAAUUAUUUUAAAAAAAAGACACAAUUAUUUUUUAAAAAGACACAAAAUUACGAAAAAAAGACACAAAAUUAACAAAAAAAGACAAAAAUUACAAAAAAGACACAAAAUGACCAAAAUGACAGAAAAAACGUAAAUUACACAAAUUAUUUUUUAAAAGACACAAAUUGACCCAAAAAAAUACACAAAAUUACUAAAAAAAGACACACAAUUAUUACAAAAAGACACAAUAUUACCAAAAGACACAAAAUUACUGAAAAAAAAGACGUCUGCCACGCCCACGGAGACGCCUUCAGGGAGGAGUGGCAGGAGGAGGUGACGGAGGCCGAGAGUCCUCAGCCCCGACACAAACACACCUCCUCAUCCUCCAGCACAGACCAGAGUCCUGCUGAGGAGGUCAGACGGCAAUUCUGUCAGUACUUUAAAGAGGAGAAUCAAUA